CCCGCGCCCAGAGGGAGCUUCGCCGCCGCCAUGUCUUCCGGGGCCAGCUUGAGCGCCCUGCAGCGCCUGGUGGAGCAGCUCAAGCUCGAGGCGGCCGUGGAAAGGAUCAAGGUCUCCCAGGCUGCCGCAGAGCUUCAGCAGUACUGCAUGCAGAACGCUUGCAAGGAUGCCCUGCUAGUUGGUGUUCCAGCUGGAAGUAACCCCUUCCGGGAGCCCAGAUCCUGUGUUUUACUCUGAAGACUGUACAGAAGAAGUUUGCUGAAGAAUGUUUUCCAGUGCAUAUUAUGAAUGGCUGCCUCCAAGUUCCAAGAAAACACUUAUCUCUCGUCAAAUUACUUUAAGAUAUUUCAGACAUUUCCUAUGACUUAGACCUAGAGCCAGAAUUAUACAGAAAUUUGCCCUAACCCAAACCCAAUAAAACUAGAAUAGAUUUAAAUAAUAAUGAUUUGA